AUGUCUGAUAGGAUAGCAAACGAUUCUUCGCAAGCCCGCGUGGCCGGCAAGGAGGAUAAUGUACUCCCGGACGACCAGAACAGCAGCGAAUAUUUGCCAAAGCCCCGGUUAAAGUUCGCUCGCUGGUACAGGAGUACGUUAUUUAACGUCAUCGUCGCAGGAAUGAUAUCCUUUACGCAACCAGGCAUUUGGAACGCCCUUAUUAACACUGGUGCUGGCGGACAGCAGGAACCAUACCUCGUCAAUGGGGCCAAUUCCCUUACCUUUGGCCUGAUGGUCUUUGGCUGCGCCAUCUUCAGCGCGCUCGCCAACAAGUUCGGCCUCAAGGCCAUCCUAAUUAUCGGCACCCUGGGCUAUGCACCCUACUCGGCGUCCUUAUACAUGAACAACCGCUACGGCGUCGAAUGGUUCGUGCUCUUUGGCGCAGCGUUGUGCGGCAUCUCGGCCUCGGCCCUCUGGGCGGCCGAGGGCGCCAUCGCGGUCGGCUACCCGCUUGUGCACGAGCGGGGCUUGUACACGGGCAUUUGGCUCGGGCUGCGCCAAUGCGGCCAGAUUAUCGGCGGGGCCAUCAACCUCAGCCUCAACGUUAACAAUAACCAAACGGGCCGGAUGGGCUACACGACCUACCUCGUCCUUAUCGCGCUGCAGUGCCUGGGGUUGCCCCUGGCGUUGCUCAGCUCCCCGCCGCACAAGGCCAUCCGGUCCGAUGGCACGGUUGUUUCAAGUCGACGCGGGACGGGCGAAAAAAAGACAGCCACGAUACUCGAGUUUAGCAAGCUGUGGAAAUUGUUUAAGGAAAAGCGCAUCUACCUCCUUAUCCCGGUACUGAUUACGUUUGACUGGAAUCGGAUAUACCAGGGAAUUUACUUGACGCGUUAUUUCUUAGUGAGGAGUCGAGCACUCGCAUCGUUGACUUCGGCAAUCGUGCAGACCUUUGCAGAUCUGUUUUGGGGCUGGUUCCUAGACCAGAAGCGCUUUUCUCGUCCCAAGGCUGCCAAGAUCACCUGGACCGUCUUUAGCGUCAUUAUAUUUGCCAUAUUCGGCUGGCAGGUCGCCAACGAGCAUUUAUACGGCAACGCCUCGGUGCCAGUGAACCUGGAUUGGGCGUUUCCGGGAUUUGGGCGGGGCUUCGCGGUUAAUUGUCUUUUCAUGUUUAUGAACGAGAGCCACUACAUCUUUGUGUACUGGAUCGUGGGUACUUUUGACGCCGACGUCGAGACGGUGACCCUGAGCGUCGGCAUCGUCAGGUCGUUCGAGUCUGUCGGCGCUGCUUUGGUUUAUGGCAUUGGGGCGGCGCAAAUCUCGCCCAUGAUUAAUCUGAUCAUUGCGUUUGUUGCCUUUGCAGUGUGCGUUCCGCCGACGUAUAUGGUUACCUUUAUGGUUCCGGAUUAUCCCCGAAACAAUGCGGCAAAUGAAUCGGAGAGAGUAACCGAUGGAAAAUAG